AUGAAUGAAGCUCUUCAAAUAAUUGAUACAUCUAAAAUAACCUCUAAUACCAAUAAUGUUGAAAUAAGUGAAACUUUACAAGUAAAUGACAUAUUCAAAAUAUCAUUUUCUAAUAUUGAAAAUAUUAAAAUAAGUAAAGUUUCAUAUAAUAAAGAAACAUUUAAUAAUAACAAACAGAAUAAUAUAAUUGAAUCUGAACUUUACAGUAAACCUAACCAUUACAGUGAACCUAAAUAUUACAAUAAACCUGAAUAUUACAGUGAACUUGAAUAUUACAAUAAACCUGAACAUUACAAUGGACCUGAACAUUACAGCGAACCUGAACAUUACAGUGAACCUGAACAUUAUAGUGAAUCUGAACAUUAUAGUAAACCUAAACAUGACAGUGAAUCUGAACAUUAUAGUAAACCUGAACAUAAUAGUGAACUUGAACAUAAUAGUGAAUCUGAAUCUGAAAAACUUGUAAUCAAAUGA